AAUGUGGUUCGCAAGGACGUGUGGGAUCAGCGGUGCAAUACUAGUCGGCCGGUGAUUGUUUGGAUUCAUGGUGGAGGUUUUCAAAUUGGUGCCAAGUAUAGCACGCCCGAUUCGAACCCUCUAGGUCUAUUGGACCGAAGUUUUGAAGAUAUGCCAAAGGUUCCAUCUGGAUUGGACCGAACUAUCGAGUAAAUGUUUUCGCCAGCGCAUGUCACAUCGAGACGGCCAUCUGACAUUCUUACUCGUGGCUCGGUGCUUUUGGAUGGCUUCAGGGGUCAUCCUUUUUCUCAGCAGGCGGCCUUCCCAAUGCAAUGAUGGUCUCUACGAUCAACGCAAAGAUUUGGACUGGAUCCAAGAACAUGUCUCCUUAUUUGGGGGCGACCAGAGUCGUGUCACUGCCAUGGGCGAGUCUGCCGGUGGCGGGUCCAUAUUGCAUCAUAUUACUGCUUAUUACGGGAGCAAGGACACUCCACCACCCUUCCAUCGCGCCAUUGUUCAGUCUACUGGAUACGUGUCCCGUCUCGAUGCCUCUCAAGCCGAGGGCUCCUUCUCCGUCCUCCUCGACAAAGCGAACGUUUCGACCCUUGCAGAGCUCGAGGAUCUGGAUACUCAAACUCUUCAGAUUGCCAACCAGUUGUCUCAGUCCAGCGACUUCUAUGACGCCUUCCAGUUUGGCAUCGCCCCUGAUGGAGACUACGUUCCUGACCUGCCGGAAAAGCUGCUCGCCAGCGGCCAGUAUCACAAAGAUAUCAAGGUCAUAGUAGCCCACCACACGUUUGAAGGCCAGCGGUACACUGACCCUACCGCUACCAACUCGUCAGCCUUCGAUGAGCACAUGAAGCUCUACUUCCCCAAAGCCUCAAGCAACGUUUUAUCUGAGUUAUCAACUGAAAUCUACCCAGCCGUGUACAACGGCACUUACCCCUGGACGACCCCCUUCGACUGCCUAUACAUAGCAGUGUUCGAGUUCACCUUCAGCUGCCACGCCGACGUCCUAGGCGAUGCACUAGGUCCCUCCGUCGGCCAGGACAGCUACUCGCAUCUCUUCUCCGUUCCUCCAGGCACACAUACACUCGACGUGUACUUCAGCUUCUGCGUUAACAGCAGUGCGACAGUCACAAACGAGACCAUUGCAAGGAAUAUGCAGGGUUACUUCACCAGCUUUGCGCAGUCCGGCGACGGCAACGCUAACAAGGCCGGUCUACCCGAAUUCCCCCUAUACGGAUCGAAUCUUACCGAUUUGGAACUCAAUCAAACUUUUGUUGAUGUAAGGAUGGAUCCUGCGGCUCAUUCGAGGUGUGACUGGUGGAAGGCUGCAUCAUACGUGUAGACUGUUAUUGGGAUAAAAAGGCAGGAGAUAGUAAUCCGACUAGGUGCUAAACCUAGGCACCUACCUACCUAAGCUCUUAACUGUGCGCCAUGCUGCGUGAAUAUUGGAUUUAGAGCACCCCGAGCUAAUCGGCAAAGGGGGUAG